AUGAGCGGAGACGCUGAGAUGGAAGUGUUCGGCAUGGCUGCUCCUUUCCUCCGGAAGUCGGAGAAGGAGAGGACCGAGGCCCAGAACCAGCCCUUUGACGCCAAAACCUACUGCUUUGUGGUGGACUCAAAGGAAGAAUAUGCCAAGGGGAAAAUCAAGAGUUCUCAGGAUGGGAGGGUCACCGUGGAAACCGAGGACAACAGGACCCUGGUGGUCAAACCCGAGGACGUGUACGCCAUGAACCCCCCCAAGUUUGACAGGAUCGAGGACAUGGCCAUGCUGACGCACCUCAACGAGCCGGCGGUGCUGUACAACCUCAAGGACCGCUACACGUCCUGGAUGAUCUACACCUACUCAGGCCUCUUCUGUGUCACCGUCAACCCCUACAAGUGGCUGCCGGUGUACAACCCCGAGGUGGUGAACGGCUACCGGGGCAAGAAGCGCCAGGAGGCCCCGCCCCACAUCUUCUCCAUCUCCGACAACGCCUAUCAGUUCAUGCUGACCGAUCGUGAAAACCAGUCUAUUCUGAUCACCGGAGAAUCCGGGGCAGGAAAGACUGUGAACACCAAACGGGUCAUCCAGUACUUUGCAACAAUUGCAGCUACUGGGGACCUCGCCAAGAAGAAGGACUCCAAAAUGAAGGGGACUCUGGAAGACCAGAUCAUCAGUGCCAACCCGUUGCUGGAGGCCUUCGGGAACGCCAAGACCGUGAGGAACGACAACUCCUCCCGCUUUGGCAAGUUCAUCCGAAUCCACUUUGGAACGACCGGGAAGCUGGCCUCUGCAGAUAUUGAAACAUAUCUGCUGGAAAAGUCAAGAGUCACCUUCCAGCUGAAGGCUGAGAGAAGCUAUCACAUCUUCUACCAGAUUCUUUCAAACAAGAAGCCUGAGCUCAUAGAGCUGCUGCUUAUUACGACCAACCCCUACGACUACCCGUUCAUCAGCCAGGGUGAGAUCCUGGUGGCCAGCAUAGACGAUGCUGAGGAGCUGCUGGCUACGGAUAGCGCCAUUGACAUCCUGGGCUUCAGCCCAGAGGAGAAAUCUGGGCUCUACAAGCUGACGGGAGCCGUGAUGCACUACGGGAACAUGAAGUUCAAGCAGAAGCAGCGGGAGGAGCAGGCAGAGCCAGACGGCACCGAAGUGGCUGACAAAACGGCCUAUCUGAUGGGCCUCAACUCUUCGGACCUCCUGAAAGCCUUGUGCUUCCCCCGAGUGAAAGUCGGGAACGAGUACGUCACCAAAGGCCAAACCGUGGAUCAGGUUCACCACGCUGUGAACGCCCUCUCCAAGUCGGUGUACGAAAAGCUGUUCCUAUGGAUGGUCACCCGCAUCAACCAGCAGCUGGACACGAAGCUGCCAAGACAGCACUUCAUCGGCGUCUUGGACAUUGCAGGCUUUGAAAUCUUUGAGGUUUGUGUUACUCGUGGUCGUAUUUUCAUAUGGCUUUGUACGUAAGGGUUAGUUUUCACGAUCCUAAAGGGAAGAUAUGAAGAUGGCCAUCUUGUAGUCUCCUGCAAGAAACUAGAUGGGGAGUAGUUUGGAUAGAAGAGAAGAACCUUGCUGGGAGGGCU